AAAAGAGUUCGCUUGUUUUUUUGUUUUUUUUUUUAAGGUGGGGGAGUAGAAGUAGUAGUAGUAGUAGUAGUAGUAGUAGUAGUAGUGGUAGUAGUAGUAGUAGUAGUAGUGGGGGGGAAGCUUGCUAACUAGUAACGCUAGCCACAAUUGGGAGAUAAGGGACACAAGAGCUCACGCCCAGGCCAUGGCCUUAACCGAGGGAUGGGAGUGACGUGACACAAAUCAAGCCAGCGUCAUGUUUUUCUGCUGAAACGACGACGACAGAUGCUCGCGACAAUGGACGAGUCGGUGCUGCUGGAUUUGCUGGAGUGCCCCGUGUGCCUGGAGCGUCUGGACGCCUCGGCCAAGGUUCUGCCCUGUCAGCACACUUUCUGCCGACGCUGCCUACAGGGAAUCGUGGGCUCCCGCGGCGAGCUGCGCUGCCCGGAGUGCCGCACGCUGGUAGAGUGCGCCGUGGACGAGCUGCCCAGCAACAUCCUGCUGGUGCGCCUGCUGGACGGCAUCAAGCAGAGGCCGCGCGGGGCCGCCAACGGCAGCGCCGGAGCGGCGGCCAGGGCGCACGCCGGCGGAACCCGCGGCGACCAGGGUGCGCCCGGAGCCCAACCCCAGCGUGCUCAAGCAAAAAGCACUCUUGCCCGGGGUGUCCCCCAGCUGCCUUGUGCCAAGGCGCUCUACAACUACGACGGCAAGGAGCCGGGCGACCUCAAGUUCAGCAAGGGCGAUGUGAUCGUCCUGCGCCGGCAGGUGGACGAAAACUGGUACCACGGCGAGAUGGGCGGCGUGCACGGCUUUUUCCCCACCAACUUCGUGCAAGUCAUCAAGCCGCUACCGCAGCCGCCGCCCCAGUGCAAGGCGCUGUACGACUUUGAGCUCAAGGACAAGGAGGCCGACAAGGACUGCCUGCCGUUCGCCAAGGAUGACAUUCUAACUGUGAUCCGCCGGGUGGACGAGAACUGGGCGGAGGGAAUGCUGGGAGAUAAAAUUGGAAUUUUCCCCAUCUCGUACGUGGAGUUCAACUCUGCGGCCCGGCAGCUCAUCGAGUUGGACAAGCACUCCGACACCAACGGCGAAUCGGGUGAGGGGGCCUCCUCGGGGCCCCAGAGCAACGGCGGCACUCGGGACAAGAAGAACAGCAAGAAGCGACAUUCCUUCACCUCCCUCACCAUGUCCCACAAGCCCAUGCUGGCUCCGCCCCCGCAACGCCACUCCAUGGAGAUCAGCGGCCCGGUGCUCAUCAGCUCCAGUAACCCCACCGCCGCCGCCCGUAUCGGCGAGAUCAGCGGGGGGCUUUCCUGCAGCGCACCUUCACAGGUACACAUUUGCACAACCGGACUGAUCGUGACACCGCCCCCAAGCAGUCCCGUCACCACAGCAACGGUCUUCACGUUUCCUUCGGAGACCAGCUACACAUCCAUUCCGCUGGACGCUCUCCCGCCACCGCCGCCUCCUCCGCCGCAGUCGUCCGCCGGAAGCGCUGGGUACUCGCUGGUAGCGGGGCAGAGGCCCUCCCCCAGCGUUGGCGACCAGGGCGGCAGACAAAGACCCACAGUCUACGUGGCCAUGUUCCCCUACGUCCCCCGCAAGGAGGAUGAGCUGGAGCUGAGGAAGGGUGAGAUGUUCCUGGUGCUGGAGCGCUGUCAGGACGGCUGGUUCAAGGGCACCUCCAUGCACACCGGCAAGAUCGGAGUGUUCCCGGGGAACUACAUGAGUCCAGUCAGCAGGACGGCGUCAGGCAGCAGCCAGGCCAAGUUACCCAUGCAGGCGGGCAGAGGGAUCACCAUCGUCAGCCCCUCGUCCGGCCACCAAGGAGCCAUCGUGGCGGUCCCCGACUCCGUCAAACAUCCCGCCGUCGUUAACGCCGUCACCUCCGUCGCCGUUCAGCCCGCGGUGCCCGUAACCGUGGCUCAGACCGCCACUGGCCAGCAGCCCAAAGUACCGUUACACCUCAGCUCACAGAUGACUGUGAAUCAGGCUCGCAACGCCGUCAGGACAGCUGCAUGCCACGGUCAGGACCGCCCCACCGCAGCUGUGCCACCGCCCGGAACCUACCUCCCGCACCUCACUGCGUGCCCCCAGCCCUCCCCCGGCCCCACUCAGGGCUGCGCUCGGGCGGCGGUGUCGCUGGGUUGCGCCGCCGCCUCCCUCACCCCGCCAAACGUCAGCGCCGCCUCCCUGGAGGGAGACGCCUUGAGACCCGUGCCCGUCCUCGCCAGGAACAGUUCCGCUCUCGGUGUCGCCGCGACCAGCGCUGCCCUCGUAUGCCGCCUGGACAAGGACAUGAAGAGAGAAAAGAAAAGUCUUCUGAAGCUGCUGUCCAACAAGAAGAAGUCACGUCAGUCGCCGCCUUCCUCGCCCACACUUGAGACAGAGCAAGCCGCCACCGGAGAGUCGCCCCAAGGUGCAGCGGGCCCCGAGGCCUCCCUUCCCUCCUCCUCCUCCUUCGGUGGCCAGGAUGUCGACGCCGCCCCCUCGCCGUCGUCAUCGUCCGUCUCCUCUUCUUCGUCGGACCCAUGCUCCCAUCGGAGGACCGGCGCACUGGACGGAAGCGUGCCCAUCGCUCCGCCUCCUCGCCAGCCGUGCUCCUCGCUGUCAUCGCUGCAGCAUGACGCCCGGCCCAUCAUCUGUGAGAGGUACAGGGUGGUGGUGUCGUACCCGCCGCAGAGCGAGGCCGAGCUGGAGCUGAAGGAGGGCGAUGUGGUGUUCGUGCACCGGAAGCGCGAGGACGGCUGGUUCAAAGGAACGCUGCAGCGCAACGGAAGGACCGGCUUGUUCCCUGGCAGCUUUGUGGACAGUAUCUAAGCCGCCCCCCCCCCCCGCACACACUGCUUUUUUUAAUUUAUACCCUUAAAUGUGUGCCUUGUACUGUUCAUCACUUUAUUGUACAUAAGGACACAAAGAGGAUUUAGUCUCGGACAAACGAUACUCGUUCAUAUAGAUAUGUUACUCUUUUUUUAUAACUUAUUUCAACAAAUACUGACCUUUUUUUUCUUUUGGGUAGUUCAAGGGGUUAAACUGGCACGUGCUCUUGUUUGAUUUGUGGUGAUUUUGAAAUGGGUGGUCAACCUGUGCUUCAUACAGGUGCAUCUCAAUACAUUAGAAAAUGGUGGAAUACUUCAUUCAUUUUAGUAGUUCAGUUCUAAAAGUGAUUAUUAUUAUUAUUAUUUUUUAUAAUUUGGAUGCUUGCAAAAGGAAUACAUUCACAUUUUCUUAAUUGACAGAAUUUCAAACUUUGAUGAAUCUUUUCCCAUAAGUAUAUACAGUCAAAUUCCCAAAAUGACUUUUUCUACCAUUUUAUAAUUUAUCGAUAUGCUAAAUCAAAUCAAGCCUCGACGGAAAUAUUCGAAAUUCAUCCGAGGUUCCUCCAGCUUCUCCGGAAACGACUCGCUUUCCUACCGUCGUCGUUUUACGGGCCGGAAGAGCUGUGCUGCUAAUCAAACGGACGCCGGCGUAGCUCUGCAUCGCCAGAGCGACUUAACAUUUCAGCCUUUCCCCCCCCCCCCCCUGUUAUUGUUAUUUUUAUUAUCACGACAAAAUGCUGCUCCUCGACGGUUGUAGUAACCUCACGACUCUUUAAUGUGACUCCACCACCAUGACGCAACAAAGCAUGUUUGCCUCGCUUUUGUGAACACGCUGGAAUACUUUAUAGAGAGAGAGAUGAUCGCUUUGAUUAAUCCCUUUUGAUUGUUUUUUGUAUUGACUUGAAUUACCGUAACAUUUCUUUUGUGAUCCGAGAGAUUUAUUUGUAUUUGUUUGUAGAAGAAACAACACUGUGUUAGCAGUUAGCAUUAGCAGCGUUUUUGUUCUCCGUUUUGGCUUUCCACAAUUAGUUUUUAUAAUAUGGUUAACCCUUGCAUAUUUGCAUUUCGGCAUUCACAAAUUCACCUGUUCACAGAUUUUUUGGGUGGGGGGUUGGGGGGGGGUCCACUGCUUAUCUGUUAUUUUUCAGAAGACAUGUUUUGUUUUUAUGACAAUUGUUGCAGAUUUUUGACAUUCAUGGUCAGUCUCAGUCUCUAUCCCCUGCGAAUAGCGGGGGCCCACUGUAAUCGGUCCAGCAACUCACCGAUUCAUAAUCCGGAAAAUGUUGGACAGUGCAGUUUAUUUCAAUGUUUUAAUGGUUGAAUAUAGGGUGUAAGAUCAGUGGUAGGGAAUGGACAAAUUGUUCUUAAUGUCCAUCAUUUGUCCAUCGUAUUUUUUUAAUAUAUUUAAUCAAUCUAAAAUGGGCACUAUUCAGAAAAAAGGUUUCCCGUUACUUCUGAAGUUUAGUGUUAACUGUGAUCAUAAUUGAUAGUUCACUGUUUUCUAUUCGAAUAUUUCUCAAUACUCCAUAAUCUUGUGUCUCGAAACGUUCCCAUGCAAUGCGAUGCAUCCAUGCAUUAAGAAUAAUAACAUCAAAAAUAUAUAUUUUUAGAUGCAGGCUGGUUUGGGCCUAUCAGCAGCUUUUAUCAAGGACUAUUAUGGCCACAAAGUUUGACUUAAGUCAAAAUAUUAGGAAAAAAUAUAUAUUGUCAAUUUACCCGAAUAAAGUUGUAAUAUUACAAGAUUCUUUCAUGAGAAUAAAGUCAUACUAUUUGGAGAAAAAAUAUGUAGUGUAGCAAUAAUUAAAAUUUCCUUAAAAAUAAUCAUUCGUUAAAAAAAAAAAAAAAAACUGCUAUUCUGGUAAUUUACAUUUUGUUAUAAAAUGAUCUUUAUUUACACAUUUUUUUUCAUUACUUAUUGCCAAAAAUCCACCUAACCCUUAUAAUAUUUUGCAAAUGUUUGCAUCAUUUUUUUCUUGGGAACAUGACUUUUCAUUCCUCUAAAAAUACUUUUAGGACAUUUUCUCAUAACUGAUCACUUUAUUAGCACACCGUUUUCCUGACUUAUUUAAAAAAUAAGUAAUUCUCGUAAUAUUUUUAAAAGUAUUCCUAGUAAAAUGACAAUUUUCACCUUGUAUUUUUUUAUUUCAUAAAAGACAACUAUUCUAAUGACUUUGCAUAACUGGACUUUUUUCUUGGUAAACAAUAUUACAACCUCAAAAUUAUGAUUUUAUUUAAAUAGAUACAACUUCAUGCAUUUUUUAAAAAUAAGACAAUAUUGUCACAAAAUUUACUAUUCAGACAAUAUUACAACUCUGAGUGCACCUUUGUUAUUGUAAUGUGAUGAAAAAAAUAUUCCCGUAUUACCCCCCCCCUUCGGAAAAAUGCAACGGUGGAUGACUGGUUAGCACAUCUGCACAUCACAGUUCUCCAGAUCCGGGUUCAAAUCCCGGCUCCGCCUGUGUGGAGUUUGCAUGUUCUAACCGUGCCUGCGUCGCUUUCGUCCCACACCCAAAACAAAAACAUGCAUGGUAGGUUAAUUGAAGACUCUAAAUUGCCCGUAGGUGUGAACGUGAGCGCGAAUGGUUGUUUCUACGUGCUGUUGUGGCCUUAAUGCUCCUUUUUAUAGUUUUCAAACAUAUACUGUAUAGUCAUGUUUCACCACCCUUUCGUCCUUCAGCUGCACAGACGCAAAGCCAAAAUAGAAAGUCUUCAAUCACAUUCAUUUUGAAGAACGACUUCACAACUCUUCUGUUAAGUACUUGGUCUGUUUUUGUUUCUUAUUGGUUUCUGGGGGGCCUGUAGUUCCACUGUCUGAAAGUGAAGUCAACCCGAUGUGUGAUCUAUUGUGAAAAGUAUUUGAGGGAAUAGCACAUUUUUAAGAGGCUGUUUAACAAUAAAAUGAAUGGUUUCCACUGCA